GUCGGCGUGUGGUCAUGUGACCAGGAAAACUUCCUGUUUAAGUUUUUGCUUCUUUUUUUUAUAAGAUCUUUGGUGUGUUAAUACAUUCUGUUUGACUAUGUCUCACCAAACUGGUAUCAUAGCAAGCGACUCCCUUCGCUCUUUUUUCGCUCAAUCAAAGGAUGGGAGAAUUAGACUGAUCAAAGUAUCAAUUAAUAGUGAACGGGAGCAAUUAGAACUCGAGCAUAAUGAACCAGCUUCCGGGACUUGGGAUGAAGAUUACGACAAGUAUAUACUGCCUCUUCUUGAGGAUAAACAACCUUGUUAUAUCCUCUAUCGUAUGGAUACCAGGGAUAACGAUACAUAUACUUGGUUGUUUAUCGCCUAUUCUCCGGAUAACUCCCCAGUUAGACAAAAGAUGCUCUACGCCGCAACAAGAGCAACCGUAAAAAAAGAAUUUGGUGCAAGUCAAAUAAAGGACGAGUUAUUUGGAACUCAUACGGAAGAUGUAUGUCUUCAAGGUUACAAACGACAUACAAUUUCCCAGGACGCUGCUCCUCCAUUAACUGCAGCCGAAGAAGAGUUAGCCGAAAUAAAAAAAACCGAAGUUCAAGCUAAUGUUCACGUCGAUUCAAAACAUCAGACUUUAGCUGGUGUAGCUUUCCCAAUCUCACAGAGUGCCUUUACAGCUCUUGAUAAGCUAAAGCACAAGGAAAUUACUUAUGUUCAAUUGAGCCUUGAUAUAAAAAGGGAAACAAUCGAGUUAGAACAUUCUGAGACAAUUGAUAUAGACGAAAUACGUUCUAGAACUCCAUCUGAUAGUCCUAGAUAUCAUAUAUUACUCUUUAAGCAUACGCACGAAGGAGACUACUUAGAGCAAUUUGUAUUCAUUUACUCAAUGCCUGGCUACAAAUGUUCUAUAAAGGAGAGGAUGUUAUAUAGUAGUUGUAAAGCUCCUUUUAUCGAUAACAUCGAAGAAAGCUUAGGAAUGGAAAUAAUAAAGAAGAUUGAGGUUGAUGCUGCGGAAGAAAUUACUAAGGAUUUCAUCUACGACGAAGUUCACCCGAAGAAGAACAUUGUUAAGCAAAAAUUCGCCAAACCUAAAGGUCCGGCUGGUAGAGCUCCAAGAAAUAUAAAAAAAGAAUGA